AUAAUCUGGGUAGUUCAGUUUGCCGGUUUGAUACCGGAAGUAUAGGGCGGGUAAGUUAUACACCCGAGAUACCUCCAUAGGACUGACAUACAUACUGGAAGACGGAUGAUUACGACAAUGAAGUAUUCCAGCGCUCUGAUGGUGACAUCUGUAGCGGCUAUGGUAGUGGUGGUUUGUUGUAUGUCUAUACGUUACUCGGACAAAGUGCCUAACCACAUAAAACCAACCGGUGAACAAGGAACACAGAUAAGGAUGGAGGUACAGAGACAGCAAAUACAAAUUGAACAACUUAAUCAGGAAGUAAAGGACAUGAAAUUAAAGCUAAACAAACUAUCACGGCCAAUUUCGACACAGAACUUAAUUCAGCGAACAAAGACAAAGAUAUCACAAGAUCAAAUACAGCAGAAUAAACAACGUCAACUGAUUGAUUCCUAUGAUAAGAUACCCGUUAAAGUAUAUUCCAUUAAAGACGGAGAGUGGACAAGGAUACCAGAGUUGUGUCAGAACAUAGCAAGCUUUCAAUCUGUCAGACUCAAUACUAUGUCCGGUGUGUUGGAGGUGUAUAUACAUGAUCCAAAGAACGAUAAAUGGGUUAGUGGUUCAUUGGCCAAAGGCCAAAUAUGGGAAUCUCAAUUAGUGAAUUUAGUUUUAGCGGCAUUACAGAAAGAAAAAAAUGCAGUCUUUCUAGACAUUGGAGCAAACCUCGGGAUAUAUUCAUUGAUGGCUGCUAAACAAGGGUUUAGGACUGUAUCUAUAGAACCCUUAAAAAUCAACGUUCAGCGGAUUUGUUCUUCUGUCCGUGCAGGUCAUUUCUCGGACAAGAUGACGAUUGUCCGUGGCGCCCUGUCCGACGUAUCUCAGAAUGUUACGCUCGGUAUGGACGUUAACAACGUUGGAGGAUCGUUUGUACUACAAGACCAAAACCAAAUCAAGGUCAAGGCCAGUGAGGUAGGCGGGACAUAUUCUGACGUUGUCAUGUCAACAACACUUGACAAUUUAUUACAACUUCCGGAUAUUAAUUCUACGCGUGUUGUUAUCAAAAUGGACGUUGAGGGAUACGAACAUAAAGUGUUGAGGGGCGGGGAAAAGUUCUUCAACAGAAUGGAUGUACCUACGAUUCUCAUGGAAUGGGAAUUUCAUAAAGGUACUCAGAGUGGUACGGAAAUAAUACAGUUCUUUGAAUCUAGAAACUAUACAGCAUAUGACCCAAUACGAAGCAAUUCUUUACAUUCUGAAUCAUCCACGACAUGGCCAUAUGAAAUAGUUUGGAGGAAGAUUUUGUAGAUAUGGCGUAAUACUUUCUUAUUGAAGUAGUAAGGACAUACAAUAUAAACUGUUAUAUUUUGCAUAUGUUAUGUUGAUAUCUUUAAACUGGUUUAUUAUCCAGGUAGGUAUUUGUGCUAGUGGGUACACGACCAUUAAAUCAAUAAAAGAAAUUUUCGAAUUUUGAAAAAAAACAGGACUGUCGAUCAGACUGCAAAAAAAAAAAAAAAAAAAAAAGGAGAAUCCACAAUGAUUGAUUAAUGCAGUUUUUGGGGGUAAACACCCAUGUAAAAUUAAACAUGUAAACUGUACGUUUUGUUAACAUUCGUCUUUUAUAGCAAUUACUAAACAGAUAUCUCGUUAUUGUAUAGUUUAUUCACUUUAAGCCUUGGGAGGAGUUAUGUCCCCUGAAUGGCGGAAGUUGUGUUUUUCAGAGGCUCUCGAUAUUUCUAUUGGAAUCGGUGUUCUACACUCCAUUCGAUCCUCUGUGUGUUGUUUAUUCUCAACUAAGGUUAGAGAAAGGACUUUACUCAACUAAUGUGCAGUCUACGGUGAGUAGAUCAUGUUUAGAUUCACUUAGCAACCUGUUUUGUUGGAACUCCAUCGUCUACGAUCGUGAUAUGAACUCACUUGUCUAACAUGGAUCAUAACCUUCUUGAAAGACCGAUGUCGGUCCAUUUCCAUCACAAACAAUUUAGGGGACUUAAUCAUGAACAAGUCUUAUAAAGUCUAGAAAAUAUAAUUAACAAAAAAGACAUUAAAUCCAUUCAACUCACAGUGAGAGAUAGUGCGAUCAAAAACAAACUUCUGACAAAUGGACUGGUUAUCCAGAGCCAAACUGUCAAGGUUAUGGAGGUCGAGAGAACAGUGACAAAUGUGACAAUAAUGACGCUCCAUUUGAAAUGACUGACUCUGCAUGUUAUCAGUUCGUUCAUGUCAAAAUUUGGUGAAGUAGUGAACGGCUCAGUGAGACGCGGGAAAAUACGAGACACAGACAUUGAAAAUGGUACGAGAUAUGUCCAGAUUGUGAAAUGUGAACCCCUUCUCCCUCUCACGACAAUGUUUGGGAGAUUCUCUGUACGUGUUUUCGCCGACAACAACAGGACCCCCUGCUUUAGGUACAAUCAGACUGACCACCCUUCGUACAGAUGUCCACAGAGAGAGCACACCGAAAGAAAAUGCUUCCAGUGUGGACUUCCCGGUCAUUACAGCAAAGACUGUCCUGAAAAAGAAAAGGUAUGCUACCGAUGCAGGAAACCUGGCCAUCUCCAGCGAGAUUGUUUAGAAAAUGCCAGAGGACAUAUACGGUGAAUAUGUACACGAGAUAAGAGAAGGUCAACGUAAGAAUAGCUGCGACGACCGCGACGAUGCUGUGGGACUGCAAUCUACAGCAUCUGCAACCACAGACAGUACUACUCUGGCCAGGGACCGUGAUGAUGAAAGUGACACGCCCACCCCAGCUGUACAAAACAUAAACAGUGUGAUAAUCGGAGCAUCGAACUGCAGACGACUAGACAUUCCUAACGACAGUAAGGUAGUGAAUGAUUCUAUCUCUGGUGCAACAUUUAACAACAUAGAAGCGAAUAUAACAACAGCAAAAAUGUCACUCGGCGAAAAUGAUGUGGACAAAAUUAUCAUAAGCCUAGGUACAAACGACAUCACCAAACAUAGAACCGACGGUGAUUCUGUCACGAUCAAUAUCAUGCACGCGCUUGACAAGGUGAAAGACCCAUUUCCGGGAAAACAAAUCGGCCUUUGUAGUGUAAUACCAAGAAAGGGUAAGAGCCCCAGUAUCCAAGCGAUCAACGCAACUGCUGUGACCGUAAAUUCUUUCAUGGCCAAACUGUGUGUCCUAGACAAGUCGCGAACACUGUCUUACAUCGAUACUGUCAACGCGUUCAUCCGUAAAGGGGUACCGAUAUGUGGCCAGUACGACUCGUCAGAAGCAUCCGGAAUGCAUAUCAGUGUCGAUGGAGCUCACAAGCUGUGGUCAAUCAUGGAGGACUUCAUCAUGGCUCCACACACAACGGUUAAUCCAUGGUCGACUCCAAAGACUUCCCGAAAACGAGUCCUCAGUAGCGAAACACCCCCCGGAAGACAGACAAGCAAGUAGUCGUCCAAAAGCCAGAAUUAGUAUCUGCCUAUGAUGCUACAUUGUACAUAAGUAUUUAUCUCUGCUGACUGUUAAUUAUUGUCGCAAGAUUGCAUUAAGUUAUAUAUACGUAUCGUUCCUAUGGUUUAUGUUUUCUUAGUCUAUGUAUAUGUAUUGUCUAAAGUAAAUAACACUAUUCAUAAGUUCAGUAAAACGCAAUUAUAAUAUUUUAUUAAUUUCCAAUGAACAAAAAUGAUACGUUAUACAUUGCUUGUUUAAAUGCUAAUGGUCUGAGAGACAACAGAAAAAGAGACAAAUUCCUACAUUGGCUAAACAGUCAAAAAUACCACGAUAUGUCUACAAGAAACACUGCACGAAGGAUGACACAAAAAAUGGCAAAACCAAUGGAAAGGUAUAGCUAAUGGUGGCAGUACUUGGAAUAAUGGCUCCAGCGAUUC